AUGUCGGCGAUUGAAGUUAGUGGUGAAAAAGUGAAAGCAAUGUGGGAUAAGAGAUUGUUAGAAAUAUUUUGUGAUAUUUGUAUUAAAGAGAUAUUGAAAGGUAAUAGGCCUGGUACUCAUUUCACAAAAGAUGGAUGGUUGAAAAUAAUGACCAACUUUGAGAAAGAAAGCGGGGUGGAAUCCUAUAAAAGAACCGUUGAUGCAUUGGAUGAUUGGUGGGAGAGUAGGCUAAAGGAUGUUAACAAUGAAAUACCUGAAGAGAAUGAAGAAGAAAUUGUGAGAAAUGAUGUUCACAUUUUAAAUGAUGUUCAAAUUGAUGGAAACGGUCAAAAAAGAAAAAACCCUGAGAUAUCAAGUUCACAUUUUAAAACUGGAAGAAAGAAAUCCUCAAAGCAAAUUAGAGGGGCUACAAGAUUGUCCAAUCAAAUAGAAAAAUUAUGCAAUGCAGCUGACAAUAUGAGUCAAGCCACAUCUAGUUUGACUCCUGUUGUGGAUCCAUAUAGUAUUCCACAAGCAGUCAAAGUGCUCGACAAAAUGUCGGAAGAAGUUUCUGAAGCUAGUCCGCUAUACUUUUUCGCACUUAGAUUAUUGCUCAAUAAGGACAAUUUAUCAAUUAAUCCCAAGAUUAGAGCUUUGUGGCUUAAGACGAAAAUAGAGGAUAGUUGA